AUGACCAUGAAACGCGCUCCCGCAGGCAAGGCCGCCGCCGUGGCCCUGCCGCCGCGAAGGGGCAACCCGGACGCGCUCGACAGCCUGCCCGCCAACCCGACGCUCGAGGACAUCAAGCGCGCCGAGGCCAACGUCUCGCUGGCCGAGCUCGAGGACCGCGUCAACGACGUCCGCGAGUCGUGGGACACGGACUCGUUGUUUGAGGAUGCCUUUCUCGAGCUGUCGUCGUCGUCGGAUGCCGACGGCGAGAAGAAAUCAGACGCGUGCUCGCCCGAAGAGGCCAGCCGCCUCCGCAGGGAACUGCGCGAGUACGGCCCGGCCGUCUUCUGCCAGCGCACCGUAGACGCCGGCCGCUACACGGCCAAGAAGCUCCUCACGGCCUUCAACAUCCGCGCGCCGGCCUUCCUCGACGGCCAGCCCGACGAGGCCUACUUCAGCCUCCUCUCGCUCGCCAUGUCGCGCGAGCUGUCCAAGCGCGCCAAGCUGUCGCGCUACAACUCGGUCGACGACGCCGUUGACCUGGUCCGCCGCUCCUCCAACAUCAUCGUCAUCACCGGCGCCGGCAUCUCCACCUCGCUCGGCAUCCCCGACUUCCGCUCCAAGGGCACCGGCCUCUACUCCAAGCUCGAGCACCUCGGCCUCGGCGACCCCCAGGAGGUCUUCGACAUUGACGUCUUCAAGGAUGAUCCCACCAUCUUCUACUCGGUCGCCCGCGACAUCGUCCCCGCCACGGACCGCUUCACCCCGACGCACAAGUUCCUCGCCAUGCUGCACCAGCGUGGCAAGCUGCUCACAAACUACUCCCAGAACAUCGACAACCUCGAGGUCAAGGCCGGCCUGCCCAAGGACAAGCUCGUCCAGUGCCACGGCUCCUUCGGCACCGCCUCGUGCGUCCAGUGCGGCUUCCAGAUGGACGGCGAGGCCAUCUUCCCGGACAUCAAAGCCGGCAACAUCCCCCGCUGCCCGCGCUGCGUCCAGGCCCUGCUCGCCGGCAACGGCAACGGUCGCCGCCGCAAGCGCAAGCGCUCCGCCGGCGCCAACGCCUCGUCCCGCCGCAAGGUCCGCCGCUCCGCGAGUGGCGACUCGACCGACGACGACGACAACUCCGACUACGACCUCCCCGAGGCCGGCGUCAUGAAGCCCGACAUCACCUUCUUCGGCGAGGCCCUGCCCGACGAGUUCUCCAAGCGCCUGACCACGCACGACCGCGAAAAGGUCGACCUCGUCAUCGUCAUCGGCACCUCCCUCAAGGUCACCCCCGUCUCCGAGAUCGUCAGCUGGCUGCCGCCCCAGAUCCCCCAGAUCUACGUCUCGCGCCAGCCCGUCAGCCACAUCAACUUUGACAUUGACCUGCUCGGCGACUGCGACGUCGUCGUCGCCGAGCUCUGCCGCCGCCUGGACUGGCCCAUGCGCCACGAGAUGGCCGUCCCCGAGGGCCAGCCCAUCGACGUCGUCACCGAGCCUGGCUACCGCAGCAGACACGUCUUCGAGGUGCGCGUGCCGUCGGCUGAGAACGGCGCAACAGACACGGCCAAGAACGGGACCGCCGCCCCCACGAAUGGCGAUGUCAAAAAUGGCUCUGCCGCCAAGAAGCCUGUUGCAAGCUCGUGA